CGGGCACGCCGCACCGCGUGCCGCUGCGUCUGGCCUGCGCCGCGCACCACGCCGCCUUCUACGUCAUGACCGAGGACGCCUGGUGCGCCUUCACGCUCGACGAGGAAGCGAUACGGACGGGCUUCGUGGUGGCGGGUGCGUUCAGCGUAGGACCGGUGUACUGGGAGGGCGGAGCAAGGCACGGGCUAGUGGCGCACCGCGCACCGACGCCGGGACUGCGCUCGGCUGCGCUGCGUCUGCUCAGCUCUACGGCUGUGGUGCGCCCGCUCACCAUUGUUGCCGACUCCAUCAUGUUUAGCACCGACCACAUCACGCUUCGAACUCCGGAGAAGGAGUACGAUAUACUGCUGGAGGGGGACCCUGUGUGCCCCUACCACGUGCACCUCGGCAGCGCCUUCCCCGAGCGCCCGCUGGCCGCCACCGUGCAUCUGCUCAACCACAGUGCUGUGCCGUACUCUUACUACUGGAGUGUUCGGCCCUGGGACAAGAUAUUGCUAUCCGCAGAGAAACAGCACUCUGAAGUUUUCUCUGAAGUCAUUGAGAGCGAGCUGACGUCCCUGCACACGGAGUCCGUGAGCGCGAUCCGUGUGGAGCCGGUGCGGGGCGCGGCGGGCGCUCGUAGCUCGCUCGCCGUGCACGUGUGCGCGCCGCGCGCCGGCGCUGACUGCGGCCUGCACCGCCUCGUGCUCAUGCUUAUUUUGACAGAUAUCCCUCGGGAGAGUUUGGGUCCUGAAUAUGACGACAUCAUACUUAGCACCAAAACAGUCGAGGAAGAGGAAAUUCCUGGACUUUGCGAGGCGUGGUCGCGGGAGGUGUGCGAGGUGCUGGUGACGCAGCUGGAGGUGUGGUGGGAGGUGGUGCCGAUGCGCUACGUGCUGCACCCGCCCGUGCUCCACCUCACACACACCAGAAGGGUGAGCUCGGUGGAGCUGCAGGUGGAAGUGACGCAGCUGCACGCGGGCGGCGCGGCGCGCGCGGAGUGGCGCGGCGACGUGCAGACGCUGCCGCCGCUCGCGCCCUUGCAGGCCGGCCGCUCCGUGCGCCACCGCCUGAAGGUGCCGCUAGCCGCCGCGCAUCACGAGGCCAUCACCAAUAUCUUCCAGUUGGAGGCGUCGGAGGGCGAGUGGCGCGCGUGGUGCGUGGUGAGGUCCCGUUGCGCCUUGCCGCGCCCCGCGCUGCUGCCCGCCUGCCGCCGGCUGGGCGCCGCGCCACCCGCCGCGCCGCUCGCCGCCGCGCUCACCGUCUGCAACAACACUCAGAGCAUGAUAACUUGGCGUGUGAACAUUUACCCGUGGUGGUGCCCCCGGGGGGGCGCGCGAUGCCUGGUGGGCGAGCAGGAGGUGGUGGGGGCGGCGGGGGGCGCGGGCGAGCUGUGCGCCGUGUGCGCCAGCAGCUGCUGCGCGUGCGGCGCGUUGGCCCCCGCAGCCGGCGACCUGCCGCACGCUCAGAGUGAGACGGUCACCUACCGCUGCCGCGCACCUGCUGUGGAAGGCAGCGUACUGAACAUCGCCCAGCUACGGGCGGGACAGGCGGGCAGCGGGCGCGGCGAGCCGGCGCGCUCCGCCCUGCUGGCGCAUCGCGCGCUGCGGCCGCGACUGGUGCUGCGCGCGCUGCGCUGCGGCUGCUCGCAUCCCUGCCAGUGUCGGUACAACUGUUGCCUGCUUCAGUAG